UACUACUUCUUGACGCGAAAGCAAUGGCAGAAACUCUGGCGGACGUGAUAGAGUAUCCCAAAUCCUAUGCCUUCUUCAUUGACAUGCCCGGAUUGAAGAGUGGAGACAUCAAGGUUCAGGUAGAGUAUGACAACGUGUUGGUGAUCAGUGGCGAGAGAAAGAGGGAGGAGAAGAAAGAAGGUGCCGUGUUUGUGAGGAUGAAGAGGAGGAUCGGCAAGUUCAUGAGGAAGUUUGUGCUGCCUGAGACUGCUAACACUGACGCUAUCUCUGCGGUUUGUCAGGAUGGAGCGGUGACUGUAACCGUUGGGAAAUUACCUCCUCCGGAGCCUAAGAAGACGAAGACCAUUGAGGUGAAGAUCGCUUGA